GCGAGAUCGCCCAUUGGUUGACUGGCGUGGAUACAAGCAUUUGUCAGCCGCCCUUUUCAUCUGGGCGGAUGAAGUGAAAACAAAAUUGAAAUGUUGUUUUUAUAUUUAAACGUGGCUUGUAAAUAGAACAGAAACGAAAGGAAGUGGGCAGUUGAAGAAUCGAUGCGUGUGUAACUGUGUAAGGUCGUCGUUGAGACACAAAGUCUUCAAUUCGAGUAAAGAUACGUGACUACUCCAGGCGGAAUUCGACGCGGGAUAAUCAUGGCGUGCUUGCAAAUUUUUGUGGCGUUGAUGUGUGUCCUGAACGGACUCACGAUUCAAGCUUAUCCAUCGUCCAAAACAAGACCGAAUUUUACUCAACAAAGAUGCUCUUACAGCACAAUUCAGCGUGGAGUUAUACCGCAGGGAGGGUUUAAUAGGGACUAUGUUGAGCAUGUGGGGACCGUCAAGACCGUCGAGGAUUGCGUGCGCAGCUGUUGUAGAUCACGUGACUGCGACAUGGCAUUCAUGCUGGCCAAUCAUUGCUACAGAAUAAGUUGCAGCAGAGACCCGGAGAAAUGUAAGCCGAUUGAUGCAAGAGGAAGGCGCAGGUUUGCCUCGAAGCUCGUGAAACUGACGAGGAAACCAAUUGAAGAUGAUGCGUUAACAGUCCACAUGAAAUCCCACAAGGACGAGCUUCAGUGCACCCACAGUCCGAUUUCAACAAACGUCACAUUACGAGGUGGUGUCAAGGCAGGAAACUUCUCAAAUCUUGGUGACGUGGAGUCAAUGCACAUGUGUACGGCGCUCUGCUGUGCCAAAUGGACCUGCGAUCUCGCGUUUAUGAUUGGAGAGACCUGUGUAGCGGUGGAGUGCGCCAGCGAGGAGCUGUGUCAGACCGUACGGGCAAGACCAACUGGGUUUAAUCCAAAGAUUUCGUACAUCAGACGGAGAGAAAUCAAUCAAAAUGUGAAAAAAGCUAAAAUCGCGUCAACCCAUUCCCCGAUGCCGACAUACACCCAACACCUUCCUAUCAAACCCAAGCCCCUCAGCACAACUCACUUCACGUACGUCAGCAACCGUACCAGCUGCACGGUUACCAAGGCGACGCCCAACAUAACAUUGCGUCAUGGUUUGGACGGGGAGAACUCCAAGCUUCUCGGGAAGGUGAGCAACAUGGAAGAAUGUAUUGCACUGUGCUGUAAUAACAUCGGCGGAAAUACUGCGUUCCUAUUGGGCGAAAGAUGCUACGUGGUGCAAUGCCCCCCCGGGAAGUUGUGCGACACAAUACCCCUGGGAACAAAGGGCCUGUCCUCAGAGAUUGCGUAUUUACAGAAACCUCAGUCUCAUCUUGAUUACAACGGAAUCGAUUCGAGAACAGCAAGUGAGAUGAGGCACGCCCUAUGCUCUGGCAAGCGCAUUCUCAAAAACCAUGCAAUUCUUGGCGGACUAAGUGCCGGAAAUUUCACGGAAAUAUCAGGAAUCGAUAGCAUUGAGAACUGCACCGUUCUGUGUUGUCGAGAGAGGAAUUGUGAGAUGGCGAUGCUGCUUAAUGGCGUUUGUUUUGUGGGAAGCUGUCGGAAUACAAAAAGAUGUAAACCAGUAAAGUUAGCCAGCAGGGCUGGUAUGAUUUCCCAUCUUGGUUUCAAAAUUGGUCUGGUGGAAGACGUACUACAAGAGAAGCAUAUUGUGACCGCUCCGAACACACACAAAAUCGUAAGCUACAGGCUGCCUGCACCAACGAUCCUCAAGACCAGCACCUGCUCUGCAGAGAAAAUCUAUCACAAUGUAACUUUAAUCGGGGGUAUGAAAGCUGCAAAUAUUACCUCGCUAGGGAAGGCGAGCAACAUGCAAGAAUGCAUCGGAAUGUCCUGUGAUUACGGUCAGGGAGACCUGGUACUGAUGUUGGAAAAGAAUUGUUAUACGGUGAAGUGCAUCAACGAAAGAGUUUGCCAGACGGCACCAGCACAACCUUCAAAGUUUUUUUCAAGAGUUGCGUACCUCAAGUGGGGAUCAACGAUAAAUGAAACAGAUCUCACUCUUGAUCAAUCGGAGUCCAAACGUUACCCCAGAUGUUCCCGAAGUCACAUUCUACACAAUCACACCCUCAAAGGCGGCCUGCGCGCAGGCAACUUCUCCGUAAUUUCUCAAGUGGACAGUAUCGAGAACUGUGCAGCAAUCUGUUGCAAUGAGGAGAACUGUGACCUCGCUCUGAUGUUGGAUGAAGUAUGUUAUAUUGGGGAUUGUGCUAACCCUGAUCUGUGCGUCCCAGUACCGGUGUUCGAAGGCUCACGAAGGACAUCCCAGAUUGCGUUCAUAUCUAACCCUAGGAAAGCUCUCGACAAUGACCUCAUUAAAGAUUACAGUAUGAUCUACAUAUUGGUUGGUUCCUUUGCAAUGGUGAUAAGUGUGGUUGGCAUGAUGUGGUCCGUAUGUCUAUGCAUGACCAGAAAACGUUUAACCAAGGAUAAAGAUCGUUUAUCGAUGAUGGACAAAGAUGGAGACUCGCUACAGGAUAUGCAGAUGUAUUCACCAAGUCAUUGGAGAAAGGAGAGUGGAUUGCAUUCUCUUGGAGGUGGCUACACACACAACGGUCCACUGUUCCUAAGCGACAGCGAAUCAGAAGAUGAGAACGACUUCACAGCUUUGGAAGAGUAUAAAAGGCAUCGCGCGGAACACGAACAUGGUACUGCUCAAACGGCUGAAGGAUUAUCAACAAACACCGCCGCUUUCACAGAGAAGAACUAUAUUGACAGAAUGAACGCCAUCAAUCAGAAAGUACGAAAAAGUAUGCAGAAUUUAUAGGAGAACUUAGGCAGCAUCUUUGAAUGGAAAGCGUAAGUAAAUUGAACGGUUUUUCUUCGUGUCUAGAGGACAAUUUUACUGGUGUUGAUUGGAAAUUUAGAGUAACUUUUUCGAAGGGUCUCUGCAAUUAGAAAUAAUCCAUUUCUGCAAGUAAAAUGCUUUAUACAUUACAUGGUGCGUAAUUUUUAAAUAAAGUAAAAUAAACAAUAAAUAAAUUAAAAUAAACAAUGAAAUAUUAGGCUAUCAAAAAGUGAAUUAAAAUACGGUGGUUAGUUUCAAAAGUAGAUCAUAAUAAAUAAAAAUUAUAAAACUAAUAUAUACGUACAUGAAGUA